GCUCCGGUCCGGUCUGGUCGGUCGGUCGGUCUCCUCCCCUUCCCCCGUGCUCCGCUCCGCCUCCGCAGAUCUUUCUGGCGGGCGGGCGGCCGGCCAGCAAAUAUCUGGCCCCGCCGCUCCACCUGUCGCCCCGCCACGCUGGAGAAAGCACCGGCACGUAGGCGCAAAAAGGGCGUCCAUUCCCUUGAUAUUUGCGGGCGGAGGAGAAGUACUUCCUUCCUCCGCCCGUCCGCUUGGCUUGCUCAUCCGUUCUUCGCCUGCUUCCUUCCUCCGCUGCUAUUUCUUUCGCCUCCCCUCCGGAGAGACCACGCCGGCCGAAUCCACAUAAAUUUCCUUUCCGUCCCGCUCGCUCGCUCGAUCUGUCUUCCGUCGGGGUCGGUUCUUGGCCUGGAUCCUGCGGAAUCUCUUCUUGAUUGUUUUCCGGUCGUUGGGGCUCCAAAUCUCCCCCGCGCCCGUCUCCUCCUCCACGCGGGCGGGCUCAAUUCAAGGGGAUUUGCGUCCCCCUUCCCUCCCGUCCCUUGGAUCUCCUUCCUGCCCGCCUCUCCGCGCCACGUCCCGCAAAGGAAAUCCGCGGGGAGAUCUUUCCUGUUGUCUCAGGCCAGCACAGGCGAAUCCCUUCCUCGGGGGCCUCUGCGUGUCCGCCCCCCUUGUCGCCUCCUUCUCGUCCUGACAAGUACGUAAGUAUCCGAUGGGCGAGGACGUCGGCAUUGCCCAGGGCAACCAGGUCACUAACCUGGUGUCGGCCGGAUGGACGGAUGAGAGGCACACGGAUUACAUAAGCUCCAUGGAAGCCUCUUUCAUCAACCGACUCUUCAAUCACGGGAACAACGCCAACAGGAAAGAUUCAGGUACCAAUGGGUUCAAGGUUCUCCAAGGUGGGGCUGGAGUGUGGAAGAAAGUCGAGUUUGCGAGGCCCGGUGCUUGCGCUCAAGUCGGGGCCAAACAAAGCCUGCCUGCAAACCCCUGGAUCCAGCAUUUCAGAUCGCGUGAUUGCAGCAGCAGCAGCAGCAGUGCAAGAGGUGAUGGGGCACAAACUUUAGUAGGUGAUCACGAAUCGGGUAUUCGGACUACCCCUGGGGGGACUCCCUUGUCCCAUGGAAGGGAAUUGGGAGCUUGCAAGGGAGAAAACCUUCUCGACCAAAAUUCAGAGGUCUCUGAUCAGAACUUUGCUGACGACGACGAGGCGGAAGUCGGCGCAGAAUCAAGCAGAACAUGCAAGAAAAGACGAUUGAGCAGUUCUUCCACUUACUGCGCCCAAACGAUCCAGUGACUUUACAGGAUCGGUUAGCAUAGUCUGUUGCAAGCCUUGACAAAAGCAACACGCCCAAUUACUCAAAGAGCCUGCUUGCUGCCUCAAAACCUGUUGGAACUUGGAAGCAAGGAUGCUCUGAAGUAAAGAAUGGAAGAGUAUUUAUCGGGUAAAUGCGCCACCGGCAAGCACUGGAGGAUUUAUUUGACAGAUUAGAUCCUGGCUAUGUAUCUCUAUUUUGCAGUUAAAGUCGAUUGUGUGGUAGUGCCCCAUUAUGAGGAACAACAGGCUCACUCGCUGCUUAGUAGUAGUGUCCUGGUAGAUAGUAAUAUUGUUUUGUUUUACGGAUGUAAUGAAAUGUUGUUGCUUGCAAUGUGAAUGAAACGUUCAUGUUUACCACAAGAUAA